AUGAACCACAAGCCGAAAAGCGGAGCCGCCCUGGCCGAUACCCACUCUGCAACAACGCUCCCCGCCGGGGUCGCCAAUUCAGCCUCGAUACAGGCUGCACCGUCAUAUAUCACCACAAACGCAUACCAGAAGGAAUACACAAAGAAAAAGUCGGCGCCGUCGUCGUCUAAGAACGCUAAGAAGGUCGAGGAGCAUGUGUCGCAUGUCGACUUCUCCACGUUCGAUGAUAAGAUUCUAAAGCGGUAUAAGCGAACGUUCAAGCUGCGGACAAAGUCGUCCAGAGACCGCGACCGAGAAACGCACGAAGAGCUCGUCAAAACGGUCUCGAAACACUUUCAUACGCAGGAAGUGAAUGAGAACGAAUCUAUUGCGUUCUUCAUAUAUUCGUUACGAAAUCAAGGCAACGUAUUCAAGUUACCAGCGAAGACGACACUGUAA